GCUGACACAGACAAUGACCUUGUAGGAGACCAGUGUGACAACAACCAGGACAUUGAUGAAGACGGUCACCAGAACAACCUGGACAACUGUCCUUAUGUGGCCAACUCCAACCAGGCAGACCACGAUAAGGACGGCAAAGGGGACGCCUGUGACUUCGACGAUGACAAUGAUGGUAUCCCUGACGAUAGAGACAACUGUAGAUUGACGCCCAACAAAGAUCAACUGGACACUGAUGGCGACGGUAGAGGAGACGCCUGCAAAGACGACUUUGACAACGACAACAUCCCGGACAUCCUUGACGUGUGUCCUGAGAACAACGCCGUCAGCGUCACAAACUUCCGGAAGUUUCAGAUGGUGCACCUGGACCCCAAGGGAACCACGCAGAUCGACCCCAACUGGGUGGUUAGGCAUCAGGGCAAGGAGCUGGUGCAGACCGUCAACUCUGACCCUGGCAUCGCUGUUGGCUUUGAUGAGUUCAAUGCGGUGGACUUCAGCGGUACGUUCUAUGUGAACACGGACCGGGAUGACGACUACGCUGGUUUCGUGUUCGGCUACCAGUCGAGCGGCCGCUUCUACGUGGUGAUGUGGAAGCAGAUCACUCAGACCUACUGGGAAGACAAACCCUCCAAGGCCUUCGGUAUCUCUGGUGUCUCCCUGAAGGUGGUCAAUUCAACCACAGGCACAGGGGAGAACCUGAGAAACGCCCUGUGGCACACAGGCAACACUAAAGAUCAGGUGCGCACUCUUUGGCACGAUCCCAAAAACAUUGGCUGGAAGGAUUACACAGCCUACAGGUGGCACCUCAUCCACAGACCCAAGACUGGUUUCAUCAGGGUUGUGGUUUAUGAAGGGAAACAGAUCUUGGCAGACUCAGGACCAGUGUACGACAAGACGUUUGCUGGAGGACGGUUAGGCCUGUUUGUUUUCUCCCAGGAACUGGUCUUCUUCUCCGAUCUCAAAUACGAGUGCAGAGAUAACUGAACAGCGUUGGAUGUGAAAACUUCAAAUGGCUUAAAGACACUUAACCUCAUAACCUGUUCACCAGCCUAUUGCUGAGUCGCUCGUCAUUUCAAGCAAAGCGAUGUAGCUUCAACUUCGCCCCUCCAAAGUCUUUUUGGCUCUAACUUUCCAUUGAAGGGGCAGCCAUGGCCCUUUACAGUUUUUCUGAGUGCCUUAUGUGAAAAGACAUUUCCCUGAGAAGUGAAAACAGAUGACAAGUGGACAAAUGAAAUAGGCCUGGGCGAUGAAAAAAAACUGUAACUGAUGUUGACAACAUAUUAUAGGGAUUCUUUGAACAACCACUUUUGUGCUUUUCUCCUAACUUUCUACAGCUUUACAUUAACAAAAGUAAAUAUAAAAUGAUUGUUACUCGAUAAAUAUUGAUAUUCUUGCUGGAAUAGAGAGCAACUUGGUACAGUAAUGGUGUCUAGGUCGCCCAGCAACUAAAGGUCUCUGUAUUGACCUCAGCAGUUUCAGCCAUACAGUGAAAAAUGUGAUCACAUGUAAUAUUAACUGCCAAAUAUCUGCCAAACUCUUAAUUGAUACCAAAGCACACUGAUGUAUGUUGCUGACUUAAAACAAAGUUAUAUUUUGUAUUGUUUCUUAUGCCAUCCUGAACUAAGGGUCUUCAGUUACCCAUUUAAAAUGUUUGUCAAACUCUAAGAAGGUUGACCCUGAGGACGUUUUAUAGCAUUUUAAAGUACUUUGGGAUGUUUAUACUAAGUUUGUACUAUAAUUUGUUCUGUAAAUUAUUAUCGUGAGUUUAUGUCUUGUUUGUUUUGUUUGUUAGAGAUUGUAAAUCAUUUAUUUAUUUGUUUACACUGACGAAAUUUCACAAUUGGAAGUACAACAGAAAAAUCGUUGGAUAUCAACAUCAAAAUGUCUCAAACAUCAAGAUAAAAUAGACUAUCACAAACUUUGUGCACUAUGCAAUGUUAUGUCAUGUAUUACUUGAUUCAUAUGUUCACUAAUUCCCCAAGAGAGGCCCUAUCGUCACUCAAAACAAUGCAGUGGUUUCAAGAGGAGCAGUUGUAGUAGUUUGGGUUGGUUGUAAAACUCUAUUCCAAUACCCCUCUAGCAUCCCACUUCCAUAGAAUCAAGCAAUACAUUGUGCAUGCAUUCUAAGUAGUAUGCUAGUAUGGACAUUGGAACAUAGCCUUAAGUGUUGAUGUAAGAGUGCUACAUUGAUGUAAGGGCAAAUGUCAUGUUUGGGGUUAGUUGUAGUAGUAGUAUGUGUGAGAGAGCAACAAUGAUUAUUAUGUUAACGGUUCACAGCAUCCUUGACCACGACAGCUGACGGUCUGAGGUUUGAGUGUGUAUGCCUGGUGUGACAGGGGGCAUUUCAGAUGGGACACAAUGAAAACACUUGACUUUAUGUCAAUGUAAAUGUGUCGCUCACGUGUUAACGUGGAAACAGGUGGUCAUGAGAAGAGAACUUUCUGUUUUGAAUGAGUGAAACAUUUAACCAGAUUAAUCUAUUCAAACAUUUAACCAUUCUAGAAUCUAUUAAAACCAUUCUAGAAUCUAUUAAAACCAUUCUAGAAUCUAUUAAAAAAUCAAGUAAAAAUGUUUCUUGUAACUUUUGGUUGAAUUAUAUGUAUCAAGGAUAUUUGCAAUGUAUAGCUUUCAAGUUGUCAUCAGUCUGCAUAGCAUUAAUUGUUGUCAAAUUUAGUUUUCGUUGUUACUAACUAGCUUUGUUAUAUUUUGUGAGGGAUAUUGCAAUGCACAAAUGUAAAAAAAUAAAUAAAAAAAAAGGUAUUCAUUUGUUGCUAAAUUUACCAUUAUUAGUUGUGGAGGAGUCGUCAUGUAUGUGUUCCACUUAAAAGACAUUAUCUUAUUUCCUAAAUAAAUUGUUUG